CUGACACUUGCACCUUCUCCCUGCCAGGCAGGUCUCCGCACGCACCCGGCUCUUCCCAUUGGAGUUGGGAUUCGCUCGCCGUCCUAACCAGGCAUCUGCUGUUCCAGUGCGCUGUUCCCAGCUGCUCCACCCCAGAGGUGGACGCAUCUCAGCUCCAGGUGAGCAACCCCUGGACAGUGUCGCUGUGCGGCUGUUCCCCAGCUGCCCCACCCCGGAGGCGGCUGCCUCUCAGCUCGAGGUCUGUCCCAGCCGGACGCCCCAGCCAUGGGCAGAGCCCUGCUUCCACAGCAGGAUGCCAGGGAACAGGAGCUCCCGGCUCAGAGCCCCCCCUGGAGAGAAGGGGGUCCUGCCCCCCCUGCAGCCACGCUGAGGGUCCUGAUCCUCGCCCUGCUCUGGAGGGGGUCCCUGUGCCAGCAGCCCGGAUUUACCCUGACGGUGCGGCAGUCGGUGUCGGUGCAGGAGGGUCUCUGCGUUCUCGUCCCCUGCACCUUCGCGUACCCAGCCUGGUACGACACCGACAAUCCCUGGGCCCGGCUCUACGGACACUGGUACAAGGAGCCCGCAACUGCGGGCCAGGAUCCGCCCGUGGCCAGCAGUGACCCCAGCCGGUGGGUGUCGCAGGAGACCCAGGGCCGGUUCCGGCUGGCGGGGGAUCUGACACGUGGCGACUGCUCCCUGCAAAUCAAUGACGCCCAAGGGACGGAUGCAGGGAGAUAUUUCCUUAGGGUCGAGAAAGGAAAACUGAAAUACAAUUAUCUCUUCAAUUCCGAUGGCACUGAUCUUAUACUCUCCGUGCCAGGGCUGACGGAGGAGCCAGAGAUCCAGAUCUCGCCGGCGCGGGGGCUGCCAGGGAUGCUGCUGGCCGGGGAGCCGGUGACUGUGACCUGCACGGCCCCCGGGCGCUGCUCCGGGCCCCCUCCCCGAGUCACCUGGACGGGGCCGUUCAGCAACACAGCCCGGGACGACUCAGCCCUGCUGGCGAACGGCACCUGGGCCCGCAGCUCCACGCUGCGCUUCACACCCGCCCCGGGGGACCACGGCAAAGAGCUCGUCUGCAGAAUUACCUACCGCCCACCAUGGGGACCUUCCACCCGCAGAACCAUCCGGCUACACAUCGGCUACCCGUCCGGCCCCCCCAAUGUCACCGGGACCCUGACCAGGAACGGACGCCCCGUGCCAGAUGCCUGGGGAGCUGAGGGCGACGUCGUGUCUCUGGAGACCCAGGAGGGCGACUCCCUGAGCCUGGGCUGUGAGGCUGGGGGCAGACCCGAGGCCACCCUGAGCUGGGCCAAGGGGAACGAGUCCCUGAGCCCCGGCCAGGGAGGGGCCGGGCGCCUGGAGCUGCCGAAUCUCAGCAGAGGGGACGCUGGGGAGUAUCGGUGCUGGGCGAAGAAUCCCUUUGGGUCGGCCAACCGGGCCCUGUGUGUGCACGUGCAGUCUCUAGAGAGGACUCUGCAAAUCACCGUCUCCAGAGCCAACAGGAGCGACCCCCAGCUAUUCCAAGAUCCCGGCACCCCGGUGGGGAACGGCUCACAACUCACAGCCCGGGAGGGCGACUCCCUGCGGUUCCUCUGCUCCGUCGCCAGCAACCCCCCGGCUGUGCUGGGCUGGGUGAGGGGGGGCCGAGCCGUCGAGGGCGCCCGCCCCACGGGGGAGAAUCAGCUGCAGCUGGAACUGCCCAACGUGACGGCCGAGGACGGGGGGCUGUACGGGUGCUGGGCCCGGAACGAGGAGAGCUCUGCCCAGGGGACGUUCCAGCUGCUCGUCGAGUACAGCCCCCGGCCGGGGACCGGGCUGAACACGUCCUGUCAGCACCAGGGGCCCGGCGUCAGCUGCAGCUGCUCCCUGCGCUCCCACCCCCCGCCCCGGCUUCAGUGGCAGGUGGACGGGGAGCCCCUGGCUGGGAACGGAUCGCGGGGGGCCCUGCAGGUCAGCUCGUGGGCCCAGGGGGACGAGGUUUUCAGCACCCUGAGCUGGACGGGGAGCAGGGACAGGGGCUCCAGGGUCUUCUGCCUCGGCUCCAACCCCCACGGGACCUACGCCGCCCUGCACUUUGAACUCAGCCCCCCGCAGAGAGGUGCGGAGGAGCCUGGCAACCUGCUGGGCAUCGGGGUGGCCUGUGGGCUGGGGGUCGCCGUCGGCUUCUUCCUUCUCGGGCUCUGUGUGAUCAAGCUGCGUGAACUGGUGCCCCCCAGCGCUGAGGCCGGGGAGGCGGCUAACGGGAGCCUGGCGGAGAACACGGCCGACGACGCCAACCUGAUCUAUAGUAACGUCACCACCAUCCCUGUGGAUCACAACACUCCAGCCGCCGGCCGGACCAAAGGCGUCCAGGACGGGUCUGCAGCAGCUCAGGGCCCGCUAGGCCCCGGGGAGCCGGAGGAGCUGCACUACGCCUCCAUCGACUUCUCCAAGCUGCAGCGCAAACGGGGGGAGCCUCCCGAGGGCCCCACCACGGAAUAUUCUGAGGUCCGGCUGAAAUAGCCCCCUCGCGCCAUGGGCCCUGGCUGGGCGUCUCC